ACACCUCCAUGAUGCAAAUGUCACUGCGCAACCGAUUCAAAGCGAGGCCGAGAAACGGUUGAAGCUACGUGCGGGCCUGAAAAAAAAACAGGGCGGAUUCCCGUUUAUUCAUGAAACUACAAGCCAUACAGCCCCCCGUGUAGCCUCACAAAAGAGAGAGCAAGAAGCCGCCAUUCCCGGUGUUUAACCCUCAUCCGUGAUCUUCGAGAAAGUUCCCACUGACCGCAACACAGCGGCGGAAAAGAUGACGUCAAGUGGCCAUUGCCGUUGCUCUCCCGUUCCCCCCUAUGUCAGUCCACAUUCACACGUUAACGGCCCCCGACAGAGGUUAUACCCGCCGCUAGCUGACAGACAGACAACGUGAAAACCGCGGAGGACACUCUCGACACCGGCGGUGCGGGUUUACUCACGGGAGUCGUUAAAAACGAGCGUUAAAACCGUUUGACACAUACCCGAUCUCAAGUCUAUCCAGCAGACGGAGACCUUAUAAGCUCGGUGGGGCUCGGGCGGACACGUGAUCCCCCCCUCGACCAAUGGGAGCGCCGCUUGCAUGUUUUGCUGGGGUUUUGUCGGAGAGGACGGACGACGAACGGCUGGGAUGUUUUCAAAACCAGCGAUGAACGUCACACAGCCGUAGGCUACGGUUAACGUCCAAUAUUUAGGAAAUAACUAUUUAUAUUGCGCAACAUUCAACACCUAGCUGAACCUGAAUGAGUCGGUGGGAACGCGUAACCCGGUGCAAAGAUCCACCAUGUGCUUCUGAGAGACUGACGAUUCGAGAGCCCUGUGACCUUCCUGCAGGAGAAUACAGCAUGACAACGCAGAAAGAAAGGAGGAAGGAACAGCUUGGGUGCAUGAUGAACCUACUGUGCUGUAGCUGUCACAGCUAGUCAGGUGCCACACCAUGGCCAAACCUGGGAGCGACAGAGAUGGAGCCAUGGUGGAUAAGCAGGCGGGGAAGAAGAGCAAAGACAAGUUGUCCCCUUUCACCAAAACUCCGAAGCUGGACCGGAGUGAAUUGCUGGGGAAGGAAGGGAAAGCCAAGUCUUCCAUGAAGCGCAAGCUCUCCUUCACUACCAGUCCGCUCCGGACAGAGGAGCGAGACUCUGACACCGAUGACUCAGACCCAGGCCAGUCGAGUGAGACCUGGGGAGAGAGAUUAGUGCCUCCCUGCAGGAUAUACGCAGAUAAAGAUGGACCAGACAAGAAGAAGGUGAAAAAGGAGUCUGGGGGCAAGAAGUCCCAGGCCAACCUCUUGUUUGGGUAUCCUCUGUCAGAGCGCAAACAGAUGGCUCUCCUAAUGCAGAUGACUGCCAACAGUCCAGACUCUACCCCCAGUCACCCCUCACAAACGACCCCUGUGCAGAAGAAAGUCCCCAGCAGCGCCUCGUCUCGGCAGAAGGACAAGGUCAACAAGAGGAACGAACGAGGGGAGACUCCCCUUCACAUGGCUGCCAUCCGGGGAGACGCCAAGCAAGUUAAAGAGCUCAUUAGCCUGGGAGCUGAUGUCAACGUCAAAGACUUUGCAGGUUGGACUCCUCUUCAUGAAGCCUGUAAUCUCGGCUACUACGAUGUGGCCAAGGUCUUAAUAGCAGCAGGUGCAGAGGUGAACACGCAGGGUCUGGAUGACGACACGCCACUCCACGAUGCCUCAAGCAGCGGGCAUAAAGAUAUUGUGAAACUGCUACUACGCCACGGUGGAAACGCCUUCCAGGCUAACAAGCGCGGGGAGCGCCCCGUGGACGUGGCUGACUCUCAGGAGCUGGAACAGCUAUUAAAGGGAGAGGUGCCACUGUCGGACCCAGAUGAGACUUCUUCAGAGUCUGAAGACCCACCGUCUGUCAAUCCAUCCAGUGUGGAUGACAACAUGGAAGACUCUGAUACUGAAAAGGACUCAGAUGGCAAACCAGCCACAAAAGCGUCUUCUUCCGUGCCCGGGCUGGAUGAGUAUGAGUUCAAGGACGAGGAAGAGGAGGAGGAUCUCAGUAAAGCCCUGAACGACAGACACAUCCUCCGGAGGGAACUUCGCCAGCGGGAGAAGGAGGAAAAGGAAAGGAAUCAUGUGGCAGGAAAGCAGAGUGGCAAAGGGGAUUCCUCCUCCAAAUCCAAAAAGCAGAAGACUCCUCGUGUCCACUGCAGCUCUGAUACCUCCAGUGAUGAAAUGGAGAGCCUUCCAGAGAAAAGGAAUUCCCCUACCUGCUCUCAGAGCUCAGAGAGCGUCAAGGCCGACACAAGGUCUAAAAAGGAGAAUGCUGAGCAAAAGGACAAAGGCAAAGUCAAGAGGAAGAGCAAAAGCCAGAAUAAAAACAAGGAAAACCAAGAGGAUGGGAAAGAGAACAGCAAAACUUUGGUCCUCUCUCUCGCAACCGUGUCCGAGAGCACAGAAAAGGGUCGGGAGGAAGACUCCUUCAAGAUGUCUUUCAGUCCUAAAGAUGACUCAUCCGUCCACCUCUUCCAUUUGUCAUCCAUAAAAUCUCCGAAACUGAACCACAGCCUGACAGAUAAACAAACACCACUCAAACAGGAAAAUACUAAGAUGUGCAUUUCCAUCAGUGACAGCUCAUGUCCGGUGGACAGUGUCAAAUACAACCACUACACAGACGCAGAUUACUGCACUGAAGGCUCCAGUACCAAGGGGUGCAAGCACAAGGAGAAGAGCAAACAUCAACAGAAAGAUUCCAGUGUAGACGGGGACGACGGUCAUUCGAGUCCUUACAAAGAAGGCAGCAUAGGAAACAGCAUAGACAGCGCUGAAGGUGCCUUACGGAAGACCGACUUAGACGGCAAAGUAGUAAAGAAGCAUAAACUUAAACACAAGGAGAAAGACAAACACAGGAGGGAAUACGAGGCAGAGCGGAGCCGCCACAGGCAGAAGGAGGCCAGGAAAGACAGCCACAGGAAUUUGGAGUUUGACAGAGAGUUCUGGAAAGAGAAUUUUUUCAAAAGUGAUGAGACAGAUGAAUCUCUGCCAGUGAAAAAGGAAGGUGAAGACAAUAGCUCACUUCAGAAGACUUCUGAUUCCUCUCCUGUCAAAGAUGAGAGAAACGCAAAGGAGAAACACUCCAGCAGCAAGGAAAAGAGGCAGAGAGAGGAGCGAGAGAAAGACAAGGCUGUGAAAAAAGAGCGGAAGGAGGCUGCUGGUAAAGAAGAGAAGGUAAAGGAUUCAAAGCUCAGCGAGCGUGACGAGAGAGUGGACUGCCACGGCUCAGGGCGGAUUCCUGAGGAGACGCUGCAGAGCAACAGCAUGAAAGAAGAGACAGAGGAGAAACCCAUAAGUGGGAUCACAGCUGAUCAAGAACAGCUGGAGCCCUCUGAAAAAGGCUUGCGCGAGAAAACUGACAAGAAGCUCCCAGGAAAGGAGAAGGAUUCAGAAAAAAUGGAGAAAAGGCAUCCUGAAAAGGAAAAAAAGGUCAAAACGGAGCACUCCGACAAAGCUGAACCACAGAAUUCAGUGGAUCGUUGGAAGGAAAAAGAGAGAACGGGAGCAAUUUCUUCCCACUCGCCCGGAGAUAAAAACUACAAAGAGAAUGAAAAACUGAAAUCUCUAUCCACAACAAAAAAGCAUGAGGAGGGCAGAAAAAAUAAAGAUAAGUUUGACAAACGGUCUGAUAGGGAAAGGCAGGACAGAGAAUAUAGUGUUGGGGAUCACAGAGAAAAGGAACGCACAAACUCUGAAAAGAAAGGAAAACCUCUGGAGAAGACCACAGAUCAUGGUAAAUCUGAUCGUUCCAAAGAAAAGGACUGUGACAGGAAGAAGAGAGAUAAGAUAAAAGAUGGGACUUCCUCAAGCUCCAAUCUGAAGUUACUUUUAGAAGAGAAGAAGAGUUAUCUGUCCGAGAGCAGCAAGUCCUUAUCUACUAGAUCAAAGGAGGAAGUUGUGAGAACACCAGAGAAGGAUCGCGACCGGAGGGACCGGGACAGAGACUCGGAUAAACACAAGGAAAAGGAUAAGGACCGACACAAAGACCGCUCCCAGCAGGCCAAAAUCAGCAAGGCCAAACCCAACGAGACAGACGCGGACAAGGCCAAAUCAAAAGCCUCGCCAGCAACACGAGACACCAAGCCCAAAGAGAAGAGGCUCGUGAAUGAUGAUCUGAUGCAGACCAGCUUUGAGCGCAUGCUCAGCCUGAAGGACCAGGAGAUCGAGCAGUGGCAUCGCAAACACCUGGAGAAAAUCAAACAAAAAGAGCGGGAAAGGCUUAAACAGCGGCCUCUGGCUGAUCCGGGAAAGUCUAAGACCAAAGACAGAACGAAGACCGAACCUUGCUUGAGUAAAGAGCUGAUGCGCUCAAAAAGCUCUGAAGCCUCCGAUGUCCACAGCAGAGAUAAACCCCUGAAGGACGGCACCAGCUCUAGGACGAUGUCACUCGAUGGGAAGAGUCUGCCCUCUAUCGGCGCAAAGGUCAUGUCAGCUGUAGAAAACUGUCUGACCAGAUCACCCAGACCAGAGAGCGAACGCUGCCUCAUGUCCAGGUCUGUGUCCUUGGUUUCCGUCGCCAGCUCAGAGGAUUCAUGUCAGGCGACGACAUUGACACCCAGACACGUUGAAUACGACUCCGACAUGAACCUGGAAGCCUCCGACUCUCAACCCGCAUUCCUCCAGUCUUCCCUCGUCAUUCAAGCCACCAGAUCGCCGUCUGUCCACGAUAAGGAUUGCAACAGUCUUCCAGAUGUGCCGCAAAGUAAUCGGACGCUGCUGUCCGGCAGACAUGAAUCACCGUACCUCAGAGCUAUUCUCGAUGAAGAUGCCAACUCGUCGACCGAAAGCAAAGCUGUUGAAAAUCUGCCAAAACCCAGCCAGCCGACUGAGGAGGCGAGAACGAGAGAGACCUCGGCAGAAAUUGAGGAGAGUCUCAACAGUCAACAAUGUCCGAUUUCAGCCGCUGAUUCUGUCACGGAAAGAGAAGUGAGCACUACUGGUGGUUUAACACCUCAAAUGUCAAGCAAAGACCCCGAGACUAAAAACCUGACACUUCCAGAGUGUAGUGGCUCUCAAACGGGGUCAACAGAGCAGAAAACUGUUUCCUCCCCCGAUGCCCCUGUUGCGAAGGACGUCCAGAGUCUGACGGAGAUUUCACAGGCAGAUUGUGUAAACAAAGACUCUGAUCAGCCAUCGAUACCUACAACUUGUGUACCUGCUGAGCCGACGGCACUCACAAACACAAAAACCCUCCAGCAAAGGGAACCGCUCACUGUUUCUGAUACGGAGACUCUGCAGCAGACAGAAUCAGUUACCACACAUGUUCCUGACCUUAAAGACAAACCUCUGGAGAGUGCCGAUGGAGCAGAACAAGAGAAUAUGGAAACCGUUUCAGAAAGCUUCAGAACGGAGGCUGUAGGAAGUCCUGUACCGUCCACCAGUUCGCACAUUCCCAGCUGCACUUCAGGAGAAUCCUUGCCGGGCUUUAGCAAAACAAGCUCCGAGUCUGAAUGUUCGCAAGAGGACAUGGAUGUAAACAACCAAGACUGCAAGAAAUCAAGACCUUACAGCGACACUACAGGUUCAUGUCUCGAUGCUCAGAUGGAGAAGAAGGACAGUCUGCCCCCGGCGUCAUCCUCUAGUGCGAGCCCUGAACACAAGGCUGAAGAGAUGAUGGACGUCUCACAGAGUUCAGAGAACAGCGGCGCUGCUGUUCCUGCCACAACUGAGAGUUCGUCAGCAGAGGGCAGCAUGGCUACCGAGAGCUCUUCUGAGUCCAAAGCAGAGGCCGGCUCAGAGUCGAUGGAGGUGACCCCUGCCGACGAGAAACCAGAGUCGUCUUCGUCUGGAGAAGAGCACAGUCAAAGCACCAUCCAGUCGGGGUCUCAGACAGACUUCAGCACCAGCACCUCAGGGAGCUCCUCUCCUCAAUCUGGAGACCGGGAUUCAGAUUCUUCGGGGGCGAAGGUCAAGGUUCGCUCUGCGGAUGAGGACGUGGACGUCCACGUGCCGCAUCCACGCAAGAGAAAGAUGCCUAAAGUGUCGUCCUUGCAGUCCUGCUCCACGACUCAGCAGGACAGGGAGAGAGGUCAGCAGUCUCUGGCUGCUAUUGUGGACUCUGUGAAGCUGGAGGAGAUCCAGCCCUACCAGACGGAGAGGGCCAACCCUUACUACGAGUUCCUGCACAUCCGGAAGAAGAUCGAGGAGAAGCGCAAAGUGUUGUGCAGCGUCACCCCUCAACCGCCGCAGUAUUAUGACGAAUAUGUGACCUUCAACGGAUCCUACCUCUUAGAUGGGAACCCGCUCAGCAAGCUCUGCAUACCAACAAUAACUCCACCUCCGUCACUACCCGAGCAGCUGAAAGAGAUGUUCAAACAACAAGAGGUCGUCCGUAUGAAACUACGGCUACAGCACAGCAUUGAAAGGGAAAAGCUGAUUGUUUCAAAUGAACAGGAAGUCCUAAGAGUCCAUUACCGGGCAGCAAGGACACUGGCCAAUCAGACUCUGCCUUUCAGUGCCUGCACAGUUCUAUUGGAUGCUGAAGUCUACAACAUGCCUCAAGACGCGCAGGUAAGCGCCGCGGAGCAGUGGUCACACGUUGCACCUAGCGACGACGGCAAAACGUCAGUGAGAGACCGAUUCAACGCCAGGCAGUUCAUGUCGUGGUUACAAGAUGUCGACGACAAGUUUGAUAAACUGAAGACGUGUCUUCUGAUGAGGCAGCAGCACGAGGCGGCGGCCCUGAACGCCGUGCAGCGUCUGGAGUGGCAACUCAAACUGCAGGAGCUGGACCCGGCCACCUACAAGUCCACCAGUAUCUUCGAGAUCCCCGAGUUCUACAUCCCGCUCGUGGAGGUCAACGACGACUUUGACCUCACCCCGAUAUGAGCUGUAGGACAGACGUGCUUUGCCACAGCGGCGGCCCAGCGCUACGGACACGAGAGGCGAGCAGCUCCUUCUCCCCCCCCGCGCACAUUCGAGGAAAAAAGGAGAUGGAAAAAUAUGAAGCACUUAGAAUGUGGCGGGAACACGAGAGAUGAUUUUUACUCCUGAGCUCUUACUGUCUGAACCGGCGCCGACCACGAGGACGGGGAACCCGGGGGAGACUGACGGUUCGUCGUACGAGGGGGCAAAAAAAAAAAAAAAAGAAGGGGGUCCAGGUCCACAGAUGAAGCCCAGAGAGCAGAGACCAAAAGCUGGGUUGAAGGGAGCUCCUCCUCAAGCAGGGUCACACAACUGAAAGAGUUCAAUUGUUUUCAAAAGUGAGUUGUUCAUACAUUGUGUACAGACUGUGCUCUUAAUUUUUUAACUUAUUUUAUACAUAAAAACAAAAAACAAUUGUGCAUUUGUAAAUAGUCAUGUAAUUAUUGUUUUAAACUUGUAAAAACAAAAAAUAAUAGAUAUUUUGAUUGUAAAACUCUUGUUCUGUCUCAUGUUUUAAUGGACCAAAGUUGGUUUUUAUAUCGAGUGUCCUCUUCGUCCGUGAUGUUCUUGUUGUCGUUGGCUUAAAACUCUUUAAGCAUGUGUUGGCUUUUGUUGUUUGUUUGUUUUAUUUUUGUUCCCGUUUCUUCCUUCCUCAUCUGGAACUCCACGCCACAGCUCGUGUUUUUUGACUUUUUGGCAAUUAAAUGCUGUGCAUGCGUUGCGUUGUUUGUACUUUUUUCCUAAAAAGCUGUAAUGUGGACUUAAUUGUGAGGUUUACUGAAGUGUUCCAGCUUCUUUCUUUUGUUUUGUUUUUGUUUUUCUGUUGGGUUUUUUUUUGGUUUUUUUGCGCCGUUGUGUUAUGUCCUUUCUUGCGGCCUCACUCCUCAUGUGUUGUCCAUUGUGUCUCGCGCACAUUAAAGUCUGUUGUGGCUUCCAAGGAAAGAAAGGAAAAAACAAAAAAACAAAACAACAACUUACUUUUACAGUUUCAAUGUGAGAUCACAACAAAACCUAUUUUUUCAACAUAAUGCCUUUUUGAACGAUAGUUCUAAAAAAUGUCUAUUUUAAUAUUUACUUGUUACAUGACUUGUACAUAUUUGUAAUAUAUAAUUGAAUAAAUUUUAUUUGUUGUGAAAUUAAAA